AUGCCCUGGAUCUACUCGGACCUCCAGGCCCAAGUAGACCUGCGGCCGGCCUUGCCGCCUCCUGCCAUCUGGGAGCUCAGUGUGGGCUAUCACAGCCUCAGCGCUUGCAGCAAUUUCCAAGAUGUGGCUACUACAUUAGCACUACACCGACUACUCAUGAUGGAGCAGAUGACCUGGGGAGGUUUAGAGGACCCCAUCAUCACUGGGGUGUGCAAGCAGGAAAGCCCUGGCAAACUUUGUAGCCCUUUGAAAGGAGGCUGGACUUCCAAGAGGGUCCGUCCAGUGUACGUGCAGUGGACACUUGUCUGCACAUGGCACAGCGGGGAGUCUGAGACCCUGCGCUGUGCAGGCUGGCAGGAGUGCCAGCACCAAGCUUCCUGCCCCAGGGCUGGCCUGUCCCGAGCGCUUCCCGGCCCCCGCGCCCCACCGCUGGCCCCCACGGCCCUCGGCCUGGAUGCCUCCUACCACCACCCAGUGAGGAGGGGGCCCCAGCCCCGACAUGCAGCUCUGCCUGGCAAUCUGGCACCUGCCCGUGGCAUUCAGGAGCCUCUCCAGACACCCCGUGGCCCCCAGUUGCCCCGCUGUGGGGUGCCUGACCUGCCCCAGGACAUUAGUGCCCGCAACCGGCAAAAGCGGUUUGUGCUGUCAGGUGGGCGCUGGGAGAAAACAGACCUCACCUAUAGGAUUCUCCGGUUCCCGUGGCAGCUGGUUCCGGAGCGGGUGCGGCAGACUGUGGCGGAGGCCCUGCAGGUAUGGAGCGAGGUGACGCCACUUACCUUCACUGAGGUGCAUGAGGGUCGUGCCGACAUCAUGAUCGACUUCACCAGGUACUGGCAUGGAGACAAUCUGCCCUUUGACGGGCCAGGGGGCAUCCUGGCCCAUGCCUUCUUCCCCAAGACCCACAGAGAAGGGGAUGUACACUUCGACUAUGAUGAGACAUGGACAGUGGGGGAUGACCAGGGCACCGACCUCCUGCAGGUGGCAGCCCAUGAAUUUGGCCACGUGCUGGGGCUACAGCAUACUACGGCAGCGAAAGCUCUCAUGUCCCCUUUCUACACCUUCCGCUACCCGCUGAGCCUCAGCCCAGAUGACCGAAGGGGCAUCCAGCAUCUGUAUGGCCGACCCCGGUCAGCACCCAGCACCCUGGGCCCCCGGGCAGGCAUGGACACCAAUGAGAUUGCCCAACUGGAGCCGGAAGUCCCGCCGGAUGCCUGUGAGACAUCCUUCGAUGCCGUCUCCACCAUCCGUGGUGAGCUCUUCUUCUUCAAGGGCAGCUUCGUGUGGCGGCUUCGUGAAGGCCGGCUGCAGCCUGGCUACCCAGCACUGGCCUCUCGCCACUGGGAAGGGUUGCCGAGCUCUGUGGAUGCUGCCUUCGAGGAUGCGCAGGGCCACAUCUGGUUCUUCCGAGGUGCCCAGUACUGGAAGUAUGAUGGGGAGAAGCCGGUCCGAGGACCUGUGCCCCUCUCUGAGCUGGGCCUCAUGGGGUCCCCAGUUGAUGCCGCCUUGGCUUGGGGCCCCGAGAAGAAUAAGAUCUACUUCUUCCGUGGCGAGGAUUACUGGCGCUUCCACCCCAGCUCCAACCGCGUGGACAGUCCUGUCCCCCGCCGGACCACCGACUGGCGAGGGGUGCCCUCAGAGAUUGAGGCGGCCUUUCAGGAUGCUGAUGGCUAUGCCUACUUCCUGCGAGGCUCUCUCUACUGGAAGUUUGACCCGGUGAAAGUAAAGGCCUUGGAUGGAUUCCCUCGCCUCGUGGGCCCCGAUUUCUUUGGCUGCACCGAGCCUGCCAACACUUUCCACUGA